UAGGACUCCAAACUCAACAAUGUUGGGUAAAAGAUCGUUAUCAGUGGUUGUGCUCGCUGUGGCUGUCGGAGUUUACCUGCUGCCUUCUCCCAUAGACCCCAAACCACACGUACUGAAGGGCCCUCCUCCGGCCCUCGAGGGGCUGCUGGCUGCCAACACUCGACUUCAGAAGGGCCACAGACUCUUUGCUGGGAAACUACACGGACCAGAAUCCUUCACUGCCGAUGAGGAAGGUAACAUUUACACAGGAACAGUUGACGGGAAGUUGUGGAGGAUCGGUCCUGACGACAGCCUCACCCUCGUCACCCACAUGGGCCAAAAUCUACCAGAAUGCGGCAGCAGCACAGAUUAUGAGCUUGUGUGCGGUCGUCCUCAUGGAGUUCGUCUGGAUCGUCACGGUCAGCUGAUUGUCGCCGACUCUUACUUCGGGCUGCACAGCAUCGACCCCAAAACUGGAGAAAAGACUCUGCUGCUGCCUAAUUCACAAGGUGCUGACGGCGUUCCCUUCGCCUUUUUAAACGGCCUGGAGAUUUCCCCCCAAACUGGGAUCAUUUAUUUCACAGACUCCUCCAGCCGCUGGGGACGCAGACACGUCAAACUGGAGGUGAUCGAGCUGAACAGCCUCGGACGUCUGCUGUCCUUCGAUCCUCAGACAGGAAGUGUGAACGUCCUACUGGAUUCUCUCUACAUGCCCAAUGGCAUCGUCCUCUCACCUGACGAGCACUUCCUGCUGGUGGCGGAGACGAGCAUCGGACGCAUACUGAGAUAUUGGCUCAAAGGCCCCAAGGCUGGUACCAAAGAGAUCGUCAUGGACAACAUGAUCGGUUACCCCGACAACAUCCGCCUUAGUGACCACGGAACAUUCCUGGUUGGCGUAACGACGCCUCGAUUCCGGAAGUUCAUGCCUCCCUUUCUGGAUUUGAUCGCCCCUUACCCUGCAGUCAAACGCUUCCUGGCCAAGGUGAUCCCUCUGAGUGCCUACAACCUCAUACUGCCGCGCUACGCUCUGGUCCUGGAGCUGGGAUCGGACGGCGAGCUGGUGGGAACGCUGCACGACCCCGAAGGCCGGCUGACGUGGGCCAUCAGCGACGUCUUCCAGCACCGAGGGAGGACGUACCUGGGCAGCACCGACCUGCCGUUCCUGCCCAUCAUCGACAACUGGGAGAGCUGA